AUGGGUAAUGCUAGAAACACUAGACCUAAGUGCAAACACAGUAACAAGCUACAUUUUGGUGAGUUUCGAAUGGAGAGUGGAGUUUGUUUUAGAUGUGGUUCCUUUGACCACUAUCUUAGAGAUUGCCCAGAGAAAUCUGAAAAAGAUAGGCCGAACAACAUAGCUACGAGAGGUAGACUACCUCGUAAUCCUGGAAAUGUGAGUGGUAGCCGUGAUGUCAUGAAAGACUCUACUGUAAGGUCUGAAGCACAAGCACCAGCUAGAGAUUAUGCUAUCCGUACGCGUGAAGAUGCUUCUGUGCCAGAUGUUAUUACCAGUACUUUAUCUUUUAUUGAUAUUGAUGUAAUUGCUUUAAUUGAUCCCAGAUCAACUCAUUCAUAUGUUUGCACAAAAUUAGUGUCUAGUAAAACGUUACCUGUUGAGUCCACUGAAUUUAUGGUUAAAGUAUCGAACCAUCUAGAUCAGUAUGUUUUAAUUGAUAAGGUUUUCAAGAACUGUCGGUUAAUGAUGUUUUAG